UCUCAUUGUCAUCGGAUCGCGCAUUCAGCGGAUCGUUACAAUCGUAGUCAAAUUCAGUUACAACACCAAGCUUAAGCAAGAAAGCGAUAUUUAAUACAUUGAAUGAGCGAUUUUGCAACAAAUAUCCCGAGUAUUUUCCAUUCGCAUGUGUGUUUGUUCAUUCAUUUUAUUCGCUUUGGGGUAUCCUUUCUUCUAACCACAAAUUUUAGUUUAUUUAUUACACCGAACAGGCGAUUCAUUGUGAAAAAAGCAAACAAUUCGGUUUCGGCUUCAACUGCUUGAUUUCUAUUGGAUUGAAGUUUGUGACAAAUUUGUGUUUUUUUUUUAAAUAUUGGUUUUGGAGAAGUGCUGAACGAGAAAAGACAAAAGAAUUUAAAAUUAACCUGAAAUAGUACAAACAUUGAGUUAAAAACUUAAUAAAUUGAAAAUCGAUCGUGUGAGUAAAUCAAAUUGGCUGACACAACAAUAUAUUUAAAAAAAUAUAUCUACAAACUCGAUAAAAGUUCAAUUAUCAUCAAGAAAGAAAAACACACAAACGGAGUGACUCAAGUGACUGAUUUAUGCUACAAACAUCGAUUAAAGCAAUUCAUGAGAUUUCUACUGUCGGUUUACAUCGAAAUCGAAAUAAAAAAAUACUUAAGCAUGUCAUCAAAUUGUACCAAUUAAAUAAGUGCAAAAAGAAAGCAACCAAAAGAAAUUCAAAUAUCAACAAAAUAGAAAAAUUGAAAUUUUUUGUUUUUGAAAUGCGUAUAUGCGCGCAUAACAAGUGACCACAACAGUAUAUUUGAUUGUGAGGAGAAUUACAACCGAUGACUCAUGUUAAAGGGUCAACUGAUCAAAUCGGUUACAUUUUCAUACUCAACACAGUGAAAUCAACAUUUCCUUUCUCACUCUACACGCAUCAACGAACUUAUUAGUAGUCAUCUUGAGUCAAGCACAUUUUUUGCGGGUUAGAUAAACAUUAGAUUUUGCAACAACAAUAUUCCUACUGCUGUUCUUAUUUGCUGCCAAAGACAAAGUUUCAAAGGAACAAACAUUUGAUUUACUCAUAACGUGUGUGUAUUUUAAUUUUGUAGUUUUGUGAAUGUUCAUCAAAAGAACGGCGGACAACCAGCAAACGAGAAAAAAGAAACAAUUAAUUUAUGUGGAAAUUAUUUAAAAUACCAAUUCGAUCGAGAAAAACGAACGUCAUUCGAUUUGCCACCGUGUUCACACUGGAAACAAAAAAAUAAACUUCGAAUUAUCGAUCAAUUAUAGUAAACCUGUACUUGAUUUCAGUUUGGUUUUGUAAAUCGUUCAAUUGAUGAUUUAUAUGUCAUGAUAAGUAUGGAAUUGCAACCAUCAGUGCACAUUCAGCACAUAAAUCAUCAUGGAAUUAUCGGAUCACAUGGACUAAGUUCACAAUCUGGACAACAUCAUUCUGUUGGUUUAUUGCAUCAUCAUCAACAACAAUCACAAGCACCACCUCAUAUCACCAUGCAUGAUGAAAAACAGCAAAAAAACAUUGUUUUUGAUGUUUUUUCAGAAGAUGGUUCGCAGGGGAGUGCGGGCGGUGAUGGUCAUGGCGGCGUUAAUCAAUUAGGUGGUGUAUUUGUAAAUGGUAGACCAUUACCCGAUGUAGUACGACAACGAAUUGUUGAACUAGCUCACAACGGUGUUCGACCGUGUGAUAUAUCAAGACAGUUACGGGUCAGUCAUGGCUGUGUAUCCAAAAUACUUUCAAGGUAUUACGAAACGGGAAGUUUUAAAGCUGGUGUAAUAGGGGGAUCCAAGCCAAAAGUAGCAACACCACCUGUUGUCGAUGCAAUCGCCAAUUACAAACGUGAAAAUCCAACAAUGUUUGCGUGGGAGAUUCGGGAUCGAUUGCUCGCUGAAGGGAUUUGUUCACAGGACAAUGUGCCCAGCGUUUCAUCAAUAAAUCGAAUUGUCCGAAAUAAAGCUGCCGAAAAAGCGAAACAUGUUCAUCAUCAGCAACAGAAUCAAACAUGUCCUCCGCAAAAUUCAAGUGGUCCAGCUGGUAAUUCCGUUGUAAAUGUAAAUAAUGUGAAUAGUGGAUCGUCGGCAAAUAACAACUCAGGAAUCACUGGAAAUGUGUCCGUUAUCAUCCAUUCGGGAGCGGUUAGCAUUCAACAACAGCAACAGCAACAGCAACAGCAACAGCAACAACAGCAACAGCAGGCACAGCAUUCGACCCAAACUCAAUUGACAACGGGAAGCGGAAGCGGUGAACAAAGGUCUACCGGUUAUAGCAUAAAUGGAAUUUUAGGCAUUCAACAUACAACCGAUCCAAAUGGCAACAGCAUCAAGCGAAAGCGAAUAGAUGAUGACGCACGUGAUAUUCAUGGCGACGAUGACUUGAAACGACAAAGGAACCACUACAACGGAGAUCAAAUCUACUCAAAUCUAUGGUCAAGUAAAUGGUGUAUAAAAGAAGAGCAAAAGCUAUUUUCGGAGCUAAAUUCAGCGAACGGUAUAAGUGGAGGAGGCGGUAACGGUAACUCGGCCGCAUAUUAUGAUGGUCAUCACAAUGGCUUCUCAACAGCGAAUGGUGUGGGUUCAACAGAGUCGAUCUUGUAUGACGGCAUCACAACCAUUUCACAGGCUCAAAGUUCAUUAUAUACACCGCCUGUUGUGUCGACGCUUGGACCAGGUUCAUUGACACCAUUAGCGCCGAUAAGCAUGCAAGAAAUGAAAUUAAGUUCGGGAAAUUUGCUUGAUCAUCCAUCUUUUCAAGCAACGAUAAAUGGUCACUCUUACUCAACAUUUAUUGGUCCGGUACCAAGCAAUGGUUCGCCUGGAUUGCCUUUGUCACUAGAUAAUAGCACACCAACACCCAAUCCACCGGUAACCACGACCAGCAACACUGGUGAUGUGGAAGAUGGUUCAACAACGUCAAGUGCAUUGAAUAAAUAUGAUCAAGGUCCAAGUAAAUAUGAUCAGUCACAACAAGGAUCACAAUCACAAGACCAUCAUCAUACACAUGAUAUUGAUAAUCGUUCAUUCCCAACUGAAUCUCCAAAUGAUCAAUCGUCGUUGAUCAUUUUACAGCCCAGUGGAGCAUCCGGCGAAAUUGGUACAUCCAAUUCAGCCACUGGGCUUGGUGCUUAUUCACCAAUGCUACCUAGUUUUAGUCAUUAUGCACCAGGUGGUUCUUCGGUUGUACCUGGCACUGAAUAUGCAUAUAGUCCGGCUUAUCCUCAAUAUGGUAAUGCGUACAGUCCGUACGGUUAUAGUUCAUCUGCUGGCGGGCUGCUCAAUUCAGCCUAUUACUACAGUAGCAAUGAUGGCCCAAACAGUAGCACAUUACUAGUCGGAGGAAAUAGUAGCAGCGAAAGCGCAGAAUUGAUAAAUGGUUUACAUACUCAAUCAAUAAUAUCGUCGUCACAUGAAAUUCGUUCACCGUUGGCCGCAACACGAGCCAAUUCAUUGGCUAGCGCUGCAUCACCAACGGGCAGCGCAUGCAUAAUACCAUCGUCCGCACAAUCAUCAGCAACUGUCUGAAGUUUUUAAUUUAGGCAGUGUUUUUUUUUUCUUUUCAUCGGUCUGAAGCUCUCUUGUAACUGUUUAAAAAAAAUAAACAAACAAAAUAUAUAUUAAAUGGUAUAUACAACGAACACACAACAAAACUUCUCAAGGAUUAAGGCUCUCAACGCAAAUUUAUGCAAAGACGCAGACGAACAAAACCGACAUAACAAACCGGAAAGCAUUUAGCAUUACAACUGAUCUGAAUUAUAGGGGUGUUGAAACAAACAAACAAACAAAACAAAAAUGGAGAUGGUGAAGACGAAGAGAGUUAAUAUCCAUCUAAUUGUUGUUAUAAAAGAGACGAAUCGUAACGAUCAUUGACGAUGAUGCUGACAACUUCUAUAACAUUUUGAAAUAAAACCGAAAAACCAAUAUACAAAAACACUCAGAAGCUCAAAAUUAAACGAAAGCUUCACCUGAUUUAUAAACAACUGAAGAACAAAUCAAACAACACACAUUUAAAACUCAAACGGAAAACUCUCCCUCUCAAAAUGUCAUACUCAGAACAAAACAUGCAAACACACACAAAUAACAAAACACUAGACAACAUGGAUUCGUACAGUAGAAUCCAUUCGUUUCUUUUCUAAUUCUAUUCAUAAGUCGUUUUAAGCAUAUUGAUUUAUAAAAAAAAAAAAAUUAAAUAAUUAUAUAUAUAUGGAGAGAUAUUAUGUGGAAGCAUUUGGAGAAAAUCACGAAAUGAAAAAUAUUCAAACAACAACAAAAAAAAACAACCUUUUUAAAAUCAGUAAAAUUACAUAAAUACAAAAUUGAAUUGAAAAUAAAUUAAAAAAAGUAUAUAUAUAUAUAGGAAUAGAUUUACCUAGAGUAAUUUACUGUCAGAAAUGUAUCUAAUAGGUGUUUCUCUUGAAGAGAGCACUUUACAUUAGUAUAAUAAUGAUGAAAAAGAAAAUUCGGAACGAUUAGGUUUAAUACAUAUAAGGGAGACAAAUUAUUACAACUAAACCAAAAACUAUCCCUUAAGAUUUAUUACAACAAUGAUACAUCCGAACUCCUGAACAAAAUCAAUACACAUUCUGUUUUUUUUUUUUUUUAAUUUAAUUUACCAAUGGACAAAUCGCUUUGAUGAUAAGCGACACAGCGUAUGAUUAGACGGAAUUCGAAAUUACCAUAUAAUUAUCGAAAUUUAGAUCAAAAUUUAGCCCAAAAAUGUUUGGAAAAAGGUACGAAAUUUAUUCAUUUCAAGUAAUUCGAAGCAUUUGCCAGCAAAAGAAAUCAUCGAAGCAAAGAAAGAGAAAAAAAUAUUUAAAAAAAAUUUCAAAUGAUUUGUAUAAGGUUAAUAAAUGCAUCGAACAUUUUGAAAUAUUUAUACAUAUAUCGCAAAUAUGAAUCACAUUUUUACACAAAGACAUAUUACAAAGAACAUUUGUCUAGGUUUGAUUGUUAUUAGAAUUCGGAACUUUAACAUGAUCUAUGAAGGCACAAAAAAAUGUGAAGAAAAACCAUAAAAUUUAAGAAUAAAUGAUGAAACAUUACUGGACUUUGUCUACUUUUAGCAUAUUAAACAAAGAACAAAAUCCAUAGAGAAAGGAAAACACACACACGUAUAAGUUAGAUCUUGAUAUAAUACAAAGAAAAUAUUUAACACAAAUUAAAUUAGGAGUAAUUUUAAUCUAAAAAUUUACAAAAUAUUGUAUGUCGAAUCAUUUUUUGUUGAUCGCUCCCAAACAAGAAACUUCUCAAUUCGCAUGUUUGCCAACCACUUUAGCACUUUAGCUGAAUCUCGUUUCAAGGUUUCAACAAACAAAUUAUUCGAUCGACGAUAUUCUGAUUUCUCAGAGCUCUUGAAUAAAAAAACACACACACACAAACACACAUAAAAACAACAUCCGAUUUUAAAUUAUAAAUACUAUCCAAAUAAUCUUGAUACAUCGGUCGGAAUUGUUCGCCAAGAAAAAAAAAACGGUUUUUUUUUGUGUAAAAUUUAUUUAUGACUAAAUUUUUAGAAAUGCAAUCUGAAUGCAAUUUAAAUAUAUAAUGAGGAUAAUGAUGAGAAUUUGUUGGUUUUAUUGGUAUUUGUUUUGCUCAAAAAUCAAUUUCAAAUUUAUUCGAA